AGCGCACAGAUGGUUACAGAACAAGACAUCCAGUGCAAUCUGACAGCACUGCACUUUUUUUGAGGGGGGAAAUAUUGAAGUCCGCUCAGCUUCCCGUCAUUCUGCUUGGAGGAAGCUUCAGGGUUGCCUUUUGAUGCAGUGCUGUCUUCCCUUGUGCCCUCUCAAAUGCUGAGCCUCUGCAAAGUCACAGACUCCUUAUUUAUCAGCAAUUCCAAGUCAGCCUGCGACGAGAGCCUCCUCGCUCAAGAGAGAAUUACGUUCUGUCUCAAUGUCUCCAGGCAGCAGCCAUUCCCAAGUGCUCAGCAAAUCCAAACGUUGAGGAUUCCCGUCUUUGACGAUCCUUCAGAGGACUUGUAUAAGUAUUUUGAUCGCUGCAGCAAUGCCAUAGAAAGCAUAGUUCAGAAUGGCGGGAAAUGCUUAGUCUAUUGUAAAAACGGUCGCAGCAGAUCUGCUGCCAUCUGCACGGCUCACUUGAUGAGAAACCAAAAUCUCAGCCUGAAGGAGGCCUUUGAGCUUGUAAAAAUGGCCAGGCCUGUAGCAGAGCCCAAUCCAGGAUUUUGGUCUCAGCUACAGAAAUAUGAAGAGCAUUUACAAAUGCAGUACCGAGCUGAUCCUUCACAAACAAUCCCUUCACAAUCAGUAUGAUUCUGCUUCAGUUUAUUGUUUUGGGAAAGAGCUGUAUGUGCCUAAAUAGCCAAGAAGAAAGCCAUAUGCUGCACCACAGGAGAUGUAGCUAUCCUGGCCACACUGAUUUAGAAAGAGCCAUAAAGCUGCAGAGACAAUGUUCCUAAUAGAAAAUGAAACUCUGCUAUGCUGAAAUGUUAUUAAAAUGAUGUCUGUGCUUCAAAGCUAAUUAAGAGGAAUCAAGAAAAUGUUUUAAAGCAUAUAGUAUUUGUAGGCUACACAGUUGUCUUAUUUCAUCAAAAAUAUUUUGAAUGUAUAUGUAUACAUUAAAAUGAUAAUCAGCUAUAACAAAAAGGUCUGUCCAGGUCUGAUUCAUACAUUUUAACAGUGGUUCAAAAGCUCAUGCCAGGUAAGGGAUGGCACACACAAGGCUCCUUUGGAUGGGGUGAAAACUGGUUGCUAAAAUGUAAAGUAAAAAGUUUGUUUGGAUGUAUAGUCUCAAAUAAUUGUAACCAUACUUGAAUUUUAUGUCACUAUUUUCAAUUGCAAUGGUUUCUGACCACUUAUUUAUCUGCUUCCAACUAUAACUCCUGUCAUCCUUGACUGCUGCCCAUGUUUGUGCAGGAUGUUGGAAGCUGGAUUUCAGCUACAUCUGGAAAUCCACAAAUUCCCCAUCCCCAAUCUACACCAAAUUAUAUCAAGGGGCUUCCUUUCAGAUAAGAAUGUUUCACUUGGAAAGUGACAUAUGGAGUAGUCUUUUAAAGAGUGUGCUUCUUUUAACAAGAAUUAAAUCUUUGGCAACCUCUCUUAAGUGGGCUUUGGAAACCAUAGUU